AUGAGCCCUACGUCUCCUCCUUCCGAUACUCCCUCCGCCGGCCAUAAACCUGAGAAUCACCGUCGCGGGCCUCGUGCAACAGAGUCCUCGACCGAUCUCUCCGACGACGAUGGCCCUGUUUACGAGGCAGUGAGGACGUUCUCUUCGUCUGAUGAUGGAAGUGAAAACGCCCAAAUUGCGGCUGUGCUUUCGCGGACAUCCACUCGGCAAGCUGGCGAUGGCACACAGCUGCAGCGUCGUGAUACUUUGGCGGGCAUCCAGGUUGGAGAUCCGGUUCUGGAUCCCACCAGUCCAGAAUUCGAUUUCUACAAAUGGGCGCGGAUGUUUAUGAGACUGAUAGAAGAAGAGGGCAUCAAGCAUACGCGGACGGGCGUCGUCUUCAAGAACCUCAGCGUGUCUGGCUCAGGGGCUGCCAUGCACUACCAAAACAACGUCCUCUCCCCGCUGUUGGCGCCGUUCCGAUUACGGGAAUAUUUUGGCAGGAAGUCACAGAAAGUAAUCUUGAGGAACUUCAACGGGUGUUUACAUGCAGGUGAAUUGCUGAUCGUGCUGGGUCGACCGGGCAGUGGAUGUUCCACAUUGCUCAAAUCUCUCAGUGGGGAGCUGCAAGGGCUCGAGAAGUCGGAGGAUUCUGUGAUCCAUUACAACGGAGUGCCUCAGGAGAUUUUCAACAAGGAGUUCCGCGGCGAGGCAACGUACAGUGCAGAAGAUGAGAAACAUUUCCCGCAUUUGACGGUGGGCCAGACCCUUGAAUUCGCAGCUGCAGCACGAACUCCGUCGGUUAGACCUAUGGGCAUUCCGAGAAAGGUGUUCGCGCAGCAUGUCACCAAAGUAGUGAUGACCAUCUACGGCUUGAGCCAUACGAAGAACACCAAGGUUGGCGAUGACUACGUUCGCGGCGUGAGCGGAGGAGAACGGAAACGAGUAAGCAUUGCGGAAUUGUCCCUUGCUGGCUCGCAGGUGGUGUGCUGGGAUAACUCUACAAGAGGCCUCGACGCAGCGACAGCGCUUGAGUUUACUCGUGCUCUGAAAGUUGGGUCCCAUGUUGCAGGAAUGACGCAGCUUCUUGCUAUUUAUCAAGCUAGUCAAGCUAUAUAUGAUCUCUUCGACAAGGCGAUUGUACUCUACGAAGGGCGACAGAUAUAUUUCGGCCCGGCCAAGUCAGCGAAAAGGUACUUUGAGGAUAUGGGAUGGUUUUGCCCCCAACGACAGACCACAGGUGACUUUCUCACCUCUGUUACCAAUCCCGAAGAGCGAAGGCCCAGAGAAGGGUUUGAAGGCAAGGUGCCUCGGACUGCAGCGGAAUUCGAACAAUAUUGGCUUCGAUCCCAACAGUUUCAGGAUCUACAAACCGAAAUAGAAGAGUGCGAGAUUGAACAUCCCGAGGUCGACGAGACGUUGGCCGCACAACGUGAAGCUCACCAGCAAGCCCAGGCAAAGCAUGUCCCGAAGAAGUCUCCCUAUACCAUUAGUAUAUUCAUGCAGCUUCAGCUUUGUAUGGUCCGCGCAUACCAGCGUAUAUGGGGAGACAAAGCGUCCACGAUUGCAGUUAUUAUUAGCCAGGUUGUGAUGUCGUUGAUCAUCGGGUCUAUCUUUUACGGAACUCCCGAGACCACAGAUAGCUUUUUCGCCAAAGGAUCGAUCUUGUUUUUCGCUAUUCUUCUGAACGGCUUGAUGUCAAUCACCGAAAUCAAUGGAUUGCAACGGCCGAUUGUUGCGAAACAUGUCAGCUUUGCUUUCUACCAUGCUUAUGUAGAGGCACUAGCCGGCGUUGUCUCUGAUAUCCCGAUCAAGUUCGUCAUAGCAACAGUAUUCAACAUCAUUCUCUACUUCUUGGGCGGGCUAAGGAGGGAACCGUCCCAAUUCUUCAUCUUCUUCCUUUUCACGUUUAUCACGAUGUUGACAAUGUCGGCCAUUUUCCGCACCCUCGCUGCUAUUACCAAGACCAUUUCCCAAGCUCUAGCAUUUGCUGGAGUCAUGAUCCUCGCUAUAGUUAUAUAUACGGGAUUUACGAUCCAGCGAUCUUAUAUGCACCCCUGGUUCAAGUGGAUAAGCUGGAUUAAUCCAGUUUCUUAUGGGUUUGAAUCCAUUCUGGUUAACGAAGUACAUGGUCGACGAUUCGACUGUUCUACGCUUGUGCCUCCGUAUGGAACUGGAAAUAACUUCGAAUGCGCCGUGGCUGGCGCAGUUCCUGGCGAAAGGACUGUUUCUGGAGAUCGUUGGGUUGAGUCAAGCUACGGUUACAGCUAUGCGCACAUAUGGAGGAAUUUGGGAAUCCUCUUUGGGUUCAUGCUUUUCUUCUACGCUAUAUACCUCUUUGCAACCGAGUACAAUCUUUCCAGUAUAUCUGCGGCCGAGUACCUGGUCUUUCGUCGUGGGCAUGCUCCCAAAAGUCUUAUCGAGCAUCAGGAUGAGGAAAAGGAUACUGGCGCGCUUCAGCAAAGUUCAAAUGUUUCUCCUGAAGAUACCCCUGGCGAAGGAACAGUCAAUGUUAUCCCUCCCCAGAAAGACGUUUUUACUUGGAGAAAUGUUGUGUACGACAUACGCAUCAAAGGUGAACCAAGACGGCUCCUAGACAACGUCUCCGGCUGGGUACGACCCGGAACCCUUACUGCCUUGAUGGGCGUUUCAGGCGCAGGGAAAACUACCUUGUUGGAUGCACUUGCUCAACGAACCACUACCGGCGUUAUUACGGGUGAUAUGCUCGUGAAUGGCAAGCCUUUAGACAUGUCCUUCCAGCGAAAGACAGGAUAUGUUCAACAACAAGAUCUUCACUUGGAAACGACAACAGUUCGCGAAGCCCUUCGCUUUUCCGCAAUGCUCCGUCAACCGCAAUCCGUUUCAAAGGCAGAGAAAUACGAAUACGUUGAGGACGUCAUUGACAUGUUGAACAUGCGGGAUUUCAGCGAGGCUGUUGUUGGAAACCCCGGAGAAGGGCUCAAUGUAGAGCAGCGCAAGCUUCUCACAAUCGGCGUUGAACUCGCCGCUAAGCCGGCUCUUCUCCUGUUUCUGGACGAGCCUACAUCGGGCCUCGAUUCGCAAAGCUCAUGGUCGAUUGUGAAGUUUCUACGAAAGCUUGCGGAUAACGGGCAGGCAGUGCUGUCGACUAUCCAUCAGCCGUCGGCUAUCCUAUUCCAGGAGUUUGAUCGAUUGCUAUUCCUAGCAAAAGGGGGCAAAACUGUGUAUUUUGGUGAUAUCGGGGAGAGUUCGCGCACGCUUCUCGAUUACUUCGAAGCUAAUGGCGCUGAGCCUUGCGGGCCUAAUGAUAACCCUGCCGAAUACAUGCUAAAUGUUGUUGGAGCAGGUCCAAGCGGCAAGUCAGAGCAAGACUGGCCGACUAUAUGGAAUCAAAGCGAAGAAGCACGGAAGGUCCAGGAGGAAAUAGAUCGCAUCCAUGCAGAAAAGGAGAAGGAUGAGUCGCCUCAAGACUCAUUAGGCCCGACAAGCGAAUUUGCGAUGCCUUUUAGGUCUCAGAUCUAUUACGUUACUGUUCGUGUUUUCCAACAAUAUUGGAGGACUCCGUCUUAUAUCUGGGGGAAGCUUCUCCUAGGUUUCAUGGCAGGAGUUUUCAUGUGA